UAUAUCAGAGAACCCAAUGGAGUCUUUUGAAGAACCUGGUCAGAUCAGUAGAGAGAACUUAUUAGAAGUUCCUACUUUAAAUGAUUCUCUUUCUGAAGAUGAAGAUGUUAAAAGUGCAUUUCAGCCUCGUUUCUCACCCAGCCCCCGAAGACGGAAUUCAGAUUCUUCUGAAGAAGCGGAGCCAGAAGCCCCCUCUACCAUUGCAAGAAAAGUUUCAUUUGCUGAUGCAUUUGGUUAUGACCUUGUAUCUGUUAAGGAGUUUGAUACCUGGGAAGUCCCAACUACAUUACCAAAUGAUGACUUAGAAGAUGAAGUUGUGCCUGUGGAGGAAUUCUAUUUAACUCCACUGUUUACGCUACCCACCACACAAGAAGAGCUUUUGCAAAAAGUGCGUGCACAGAAAGUAUGGCUAGAGUCCAUAGAGUUUCUACCAGGGAUAACCUGUAUGAAGGGCAUUAUUCGUGUUCUAAAUAUCUCCUUUGAAAAGCUGGUCUAUGUUAGGAUGUCCUUGGACAAUUGGCUGACUUAUUAUGACAUCUUAGCGGAAUAUGUACCUAAUUCUUGUGAUGGUGAGACCGACCAGUUCUUCUUCAAGAUUUCAUUGGUUCCUCCUUAUCAGAGAGAUGGCGCUAAAGUUGAAUUUUGUGUACGUUACGAGACAUCUGCAGGGAUAUUUUGGGCAAACUACAACCACCAUAAUUAUACUUUGAUCUGUCAUAAAAAGGAAACAGCACCGGUAGAGGAUACUAAACUCCAGGAAGAUACCGAUAAAUACAUCAAAGGCUGUUUAAAGUCAGUGCUGAACAGUAAAGAAGAAAUAUUGGCAACGGCUGAUGAAGACAUAUGGAAUAAUUCCAAGGCUUCAGAGUCAAACAUCCCCAAAAUUCGUUGUUUGGAUGUGGAUGACAAUGAAAUUAAACAAAGCAAAGAACAAGUAAAAGAUCAAAAAGAGGAACAUAUUGAAGAUGAUAAUGAAGAUAAUGAAAAAGAAUUAGAAUUGCUGCUCAGACAUCACUUCACAAGAAAUAGAGAUUCUUCCCGGGAUGAAAGCAAUGUGCACAUAUCCGAGCCAGUUAAAUUUCCAAACGACCCACAAGAUUUGGGGGACAAAGUUGACUCUGGCUUGGUUAGGCAACCCCUGCCUAUCACCUCUCUGCAAGAACAUGUUUUACAAGAACAAGAAUUGCAAAAUACUCCAAAGUAUUCAAUAGGAUAUGAUUAUAGCCAGUUAUCCCAUGAAAAAUAUUCUGCAGUAGAGUUGGUAAACAGUAGUGCACAGUCUUCAGAAUGUUUUAAUACAAGCAAAACCCUUUUAUCACAGGAGCAUUGGCCCAGAAAAAAAGAAAACCAGGCUGCCUAUAUUACAGACGUUAUCUCAAGCAAACAAGAAAUGAACCAUACAGAUCUUAAAAAAGAUGAAACUGAUAGCACCUCUGCAAGUAAAACAAUAGAGAAGUUGUUCAUCAGUGAAGAUGAUUAUGAUAAACACCAAGAAGUUUGGGAAAGAAGACCAGAAACAGUUCCUUUAAAUCCUGAUGAACCAAUUCAGUUAAAAGAAAUAUUGAAAGGACUGGGUGACAGUGUGAAGCCAGAUCAUAAACAAUGUGUGCCAAAAACAGAUCUCCAAAUUGAGUCAUCUUUGGAAAAUGUUGUCAAACAUGAACCUAAAAAGGAGAUGAUUGAAAACAAAAAUCAGUUCUAUUUAAGAGGAACAAUACAUGACAAUACCUUUCCUGAUGUUGAUACUGCAGUAACUUCCUUAGGAAGUUUACAUACUGAAGGUGAUGCUGUAGAAGAAAAAUAUAAGACAGAGUAUAAUAUUGACAUGGGAAAAGAAAUCAAAUUGAGCAUUUUAGAACAUCCUCCAGAAGAGGAACAAGCUCACCCUUUAACAACAAAGGCUACUGAUACAAAAGAUCUUACUGAAAUACAAAGCCAGUCAUGGUUGUCCAGCACAGAUAGUUAUGAAUUUGGCCCAGCAGCUGAGUUAAGCCAAGGAGAGAUCCAGAGGCCUUCUAGUGAGCUAAGUGAAGUACAAGAUGAGGCAAUUCAUGAAUCAACAAAGAUUCCAUGGUUAAACGAUAAAGAAAGCUCAGUCAGAAGAAACAAAGAAGAAGAAAGUUCCAUUGUAAGUAAAGAUUUUAAAAAACUGGACAACCGACAUUCAGAAGACACUAAUCCAAUUCAAUUUUGUACAAGUAACCCCGAAUGUGUAACAUCAACAGAUGAAGGAAUCGCUACACACUCUGCAUCAAUAAAUCAAGAGGAUGUGUUUGAUGCUGGGGGGAAUUUAGAAAGAGGAAAGUACAGUCAGAGCUACAACCCAGAAAACAGAAAUAUUUUGGAGGCAGAGCCCUGCCAAAAUGAACCCGACAGGGCUAUUACAGAUGAUCACAGCAAUGAGGUUGGGCUGGGGAAUCAAAGUUGGAGUGCUUUAGAAAGUCAGUCGGCAGAAAGGGAAAGUGAAGCCAAUAAAAGAGCACAAAUGAAAGAGCGAACAGGUGGCGAAGCCAUGUGGGGAAUUAGAGAUAAUAUAAGAUGUUUGAAUGUAACUCCCACAGAUGAAUUGUUUACCUGCCAAGACCCAGUGAGAUAUGAAGAAUAUUCUGUAGCUGAAUAUGAUAGUACAAGGGAAGCCGAGGCAGGUACAGCAGCUUAUAUAAUUAAAAUGACAUCAGAAAGUACUCCAGAAAAAAUGUCUGCUGGUGAAAAAGCAGUAAUUGUUAAGCUACCUCAAGAGACUGCACUAAGUGACAGGCCCACAGAGGAAAAGGAAACGGUGUUUGAUAUACAUGAAGGGAGAAAUGAUGGUUCCCAUUAUCCUCUUUGUCAAUGCAAUACAGUGGGUGUAUUAUAUGACACCAAAUUUGAAAAGGAAUCAAUUUCAGAUAUUUAUAAUGCACAUACACAUGAAACAGUGCAAGGAGAAAUGAUGUCAGUACCCAGUGCAAGUGAAAAACUUGCCGGAGCAGAACAUAAUACUGAAAACGAUUCACCAUUAGUUGAAAUAUUAUGGACUUCUGCUGCAGAAGGAAAAACAAUCUUGGAGCAGGAUUUAUCAUCGGAAGCAUCUCUGAAUGUUUCACAAUGUCCUCAGCCAGACCUGUACAAUGAACAGGCUGAAGAGAAAAGCAUUUGGGGAACAUUUCCCCCUGUAGGUACUAUAACUGAACAUAUAAUUUCUCCUCCUGAUAUUAAUGUUGUGGCUAGCUCUUAUGAAAGUGCCUCGAUACCCUCUUCUGAACAGCACGCUGAACUUGACACCGAUGAAAGAGGCAACACAUCACAUCUGUAUAUGGAAUCUUCAGUCGAUAUUUCAGCCAGGUUAGGAGGUGUCUUCAGCCCAAAGAGUGAAAUGACUGACUUUAUUCCAAAUAUUUCCUCAGAGGCUGAACCUGAACAUCCUCAGAGUUCAGCAAUGUUGCCUACAGGUGUAGAAGGAGAAAGGAGUGUAGGUGAGUUUGUCCACCAACCAGAACUCAAGCUGGGGAAGUUUUUAGGGCCAACCAUUUUAAUCAGUGAGCCCACCGAAGAAAGAGAAGAGACAAGCUCUGAAGGUAUAACUGAAGAGAAAAUACUGAACUUGAAUACUGGAGGGUAUGACAACCAGCCUAGGUUUGACCAUGCAGAAAUUUCCGGUCAGCAAAAUGAAGCUAGUAGUUUAGCUGGUGAAUGCCUGAUUUUAAAGCAAAUUGGUUAUGAAAUACUUUAUUUCCUCAUUUUUGUUGUGUUUUGUGUUGCUCUGUACCACUAUGAUUUAAUUGUUUGCUUUGCCCUGUACUUAUUUUCAUUGUACUGGCUAUACUGUGAGGGCAGGGGAAGUAAGGAAUCUGUCAAAAAGAAGUAAAGACUCUGCUGUCUAUAUGAAGUACUUAACAUUUAAUCUCAGUAUGUCCCAAAGGACAGCAACGUCCACUCUUAGAACCAAUGCAAGACUCCCCCCCUCCCGAAGCAUUGCUUAAGAGCACAUGAAGUUUUCUCCUUCAUAAUAAGUAAUUAUUCUGCAUAGGACCAUUAUGUUUGGAUCAUUAAAUACCAAUACGAAUAUGAGUUCUGAAGCACAUCAAGGUAAAAUUAAGUACAGCUGCUGUUCCUUAUCAGGUUAUGGAGACGUGAAGCUUCAGGCUUUUCAGAUUUUAUUGCAUUCAUUUGUUUUGUAGUGAAGCUUCGUUCUUUUCCCCGGAGUUUUUUUUUUAAAAAAGGGUUUUAUAUAGCAAGUAAAUAAAGAGGGAAUGGCAUUAUGACUAAUUCAGUAAUAAGGCAUGUCCUCUACACAGGAGUUUCCUGUGCUAGCACAUUAUCACUAAAGUGGAGAGAAUGGAGGCAGACCACCACGCACAUGCACACACGCACGCGCACACACGCACACACUCGCACACAAAGAGAGAGAAAGAGAAAGAACACUCAAGGCACCAUGUUGUCUGGGACUUUUGCACACCAUUCCCCCACAUGAGCUCGUCCCAUGAUGUUCCUAGUUUGUCAAGCGAACAAAUAGGAAUCAGAACCAACAUUGGUUUGUAGAGCUUUGACAUGCUGGAUCUGUGCCCCAGAGCCUGCCUUGCCCUCCCAGUCAUGCCAUCUGGACAUGCCUUUGCUAUCAAUAUUGACCACGGGCACAACCUCUUGGAAAGUUCCCCUGCGCAUGCACCGUUGAGAUGUUAUCAGAGCGACACAGGAGCACAUAGACUCUGCUGCUUAUAUCCAAUGGGCUACUAGUAUUAUUAACCAGCACAUUUUGCUAGAACUCAUUUCAUGGGUUAAAUAAGGAGGGGUUGCUAUAAUGAGCUAUAUGAGGACUAUUUAUGUCUGCACAGAGUCACAUCUAGACUCCAGAGUUGGUACGACGUGUGUGUUUCAAAAAAAGCAGGCCCUUGCUGACACCACAGAGCUGAGAGGGACUGUUAUAGGAUGAAGAUUACAAGCUAGAGCCUGAUUGUCUUCAGAUUCAUGUUUAUAUAUUUUUUUUGUAAAUGAAGGCUGAGUAACCAAUAGGAGAACUUCACAUAAUGUAGCGUUAUUCCAAUUGGACUUUCUGAAUGUUGUUGUUUUGACCAUAUUGCUUAAGAGAGAGAAUCCCAAUGAGCAUUACGUGAUAGUAAUAAACAAAAUUUGAAUGGUUUGAUUGUGUGUGGACUACUUGGGAAUGAAAAAAGAAACAGAAGUGUCUUAAUAAUUUUGCUGUAUACAGCAUGGAUGAUGUAGUGUGGCUCCGAAUCCACUUGCACGGGAUGUUCAGAUCAGACUCCGAUGAGCAGAAUGGAAGUCUAUGGUGUGCUUGUAUGUGUCUGAUUUAGCAUUUGGCAGAAUUGGACAACAGAUGUAGAAUCCUGAAAUCCCUAGCUCUCCUCCCUCCCCCAAAAGCAAGCUUCUUCCAGUGGCCUACACCCAACUGUUCUGUUCCAAAGACCUAACGGUAUUUACAUCUAUGGAAGAGGAGGUAGCAAUUUCUGCCUUCCCUGUCCUCUCUGCUGAGCCCCACUUUGCCCCCAGUGCUCUUCCAGAGAGUCUGCUGGACAAAAUUUCCAGGGGGCUCAGUGGACUGUAGCAGGCAGGGAGCCAGUGGCAAAGUCCCACUCUGCAAAGUCCAUGGAUAGCUAUCUAGAUCCCACCUGGUUGUGAAUGGGCAGACUGCCACUCAAGUCUCUAAAUCCAUGCACACUCACUUGGGCACAUAGAUUUGCUGUCUAAGCAGUCAUUCCCAGUCAUUUAACUGGAAGGUCCCUAUCUGCGCACACAAAGAAAAGCAUGCCCAGAUUGUCUCGGUAGCGGCCAAGACGCUUAUCAAGUGAAAUCCCUGGGUGCAUGCUUGUGUAUCAGUCAGCAUCACAUGACAAUGAAGCUUUAGUGUGUUUUCAAAAGGAAAAGGGGACAAAGAGUCUUUUGACCCUUCAUUUCUAGUAGCCAUAGUGAUGGGCAAUUCCAGCCUUCACCUGCAUGUAUUAUUCUGUAAACUGAUCUUGCAUUUGAUGAAGUGAACUAUGACUCAUGUAAGCUUAUACUGGAAUAAAUUUUAUUAGUCUUGAA